GGAAUUAGCACUGGUUCCUUCUUAUUCUAGCAAUGCUUCAGCCCUGUAUAAUAAACAAUGAAAAAGUCUGAUGAUAUGAAUAUAGAUAAAAUGAAAAUUGCUUCUGAGGCCACUAAAUUUGAACAAUCUCAUCACUGGAGAUUAAAAAUUCCAUCAUUUGGAUAAACGAAAAUGGGUAAUGUCUACAUGGAAGUGAUGGGAAACAGAGUUGCUAUUACAAUACAGGAUGUUGACCUGAAAGCAUGUCAGGGAGCUUUAGGUGACUGCUGUCCACCUCAAGGAGAGGAUCAGUUGGAACUGCAAGAAGAAGAAGAGAAAGACAUAAAUCAAAGCAACAGCAACCAUGUAGAUUCCCUUCUCUCCUUAGAGGGCUAUUUACAGCUUCUGUCAUCACAGGUGGAAAACAUGCUAGAGGUGAACUUACUGGAAGAUACACAAGUUGCUACUUCUAGUAAAGACCAAGAUCCAUCAUCCUCAGACCACAAUAUAAAUUUGACCCAGAAACUUCAGAACAGUUUUGGUCCUCCUGAUGCCAUGCUACUAGGAACAGACUACCCCACUCAAUUAAAUUCAAAACCAAGACACUUACAAAGGCAAGAGUUCUUUCCUCAGUCAAGCUCUGGUAUCACAAAUCCAGAAUCACUGUUUCAUGGGUCAAAUUUGACAGGGCUGUUUUCAGCUGCUGACAUUAGAAAUCAAACAGCCCAUGAUGAUAGUUUUGAUGAAAUUAAGCUCAUGUCUUUGGCUUUGGAGGAAGGCUUUAGUCCUAUAGAAGUUUCUCAGAUGUUUGAAGAGCCUGGCUCAGAUUUGGGACCAUCUUUGAAUUCAAAUCACUGCACCACCUCUUAUUCAAUCUGCUGUGAAGAUUCCGUUUGGUACAGCAGUGGUGUUAAAUCUGCUCCUUCACAUGGCUUAGGAGCUGUUGGUGGCCACUGCCAAGAAAACAUUAAGCACAGCCACAUGGAAUAUCCGGGUGAUACAGAGUGUUCUGCAGAAGCCACACUUCAGCAGUUUCUUCAAAAUCACACAUACAAUCAGCUGCCAAGUCAAACAGCAUCCACUCCACAGCAUCAUCAACAGAUGUGGAUGAAGAAAUCAAACGAAGUGAAAGAUAGGUGCCACAAUUCUACUGCUACAAACCGGAGCAGAGAUGAAUGUCGUGCAAAAGCUCUGAGAAUACCAUUUUCAGUUGAUGAAAUUGCGAGCAUGUCUGUUGACUCUUUCAACGCCAUGCUAGCAAAGAACCAGCUAACAGAAACUCAGGUAUCACUUCUGCGUGACAUCAGACGAAGAGGAAAAAACAAAGUAGCUGCACAAAAAUGUCGUAAACGCAAACUGAAUGCAAUUCUUAACUUGGAAGAAGAUGUGUGUAACCUCCAAACACAAAAGGAGACCCUUAAAAAGGAGCACUCCCAGUGUAGCAAAUCUAUCAACCAGAUAAAGCAAAAAUUAAACUACUUGUACCAUGAAAUUUUCAGCAAGCUGAGGGAUGACCAGGGUAGACCUGUUAACCCGUGCCAAUAUGUCAUUCAUUGCAGUAGCAGUGGUAGUGUUUUCUUAAUGCCCAAGCACUUGGCCAAAUCUGAACAGAAACAAGAGAACAGAAAAGAGCAGAAACAAAAGUAAAAUGACUGGAGAUCACCUAAAUCACCUUUAUUUCACCUGAAAGGAUGAUAAGAAUACUUGAGUGAAGACUAAAGGUCAGUGAUUACAGCAGUUCAAACAGCAACAACUACACUUGAGGAGGAACACUGUGUUGAAAGGUCUGGCAAACCCAACCAGCUGUGAUCUAUUAGAAGAUCCAUGAGCUGACGCCUCUAGAUGAGGAUAUCUGUUUAGUUUUAGUUAGAAUUAAAGGAACUAGACCAUCAGUGUAGUGUAGCUUUACAGACCUGUGUUAAAACUAGGAAUUUAAUUACUGGUAAUGGGGGCAGAGGGAUUAGUGAGGGAUAAAACUCAACUUUCGAUUGUUACACAUGCAAGAAAAUGUUUUAGUCUUGAAUACUCGAUUCUUUAUACAGAAAAUGACCUUACUUUAUUCUCUAGCACUGAAAGAAAAAGUACAGUUCUAGUGCAUCUUCAACUUAAAUUCACUGUGGGUUUCCAUAGGCUCCAGAGAUAACUGCAUGCUUUGCAUUUAUUCAGAAUAGCUCUGCUUUUCCUAGUUUUCCUAUGAGGAGAGCAGCCCAGGGGGCUACUGCAUUUUUCCUCACUACUUUCAUCAUCGUAAUGCCAAGCAAAGAUAAUCUGCCACUUAAUUUUACAACUCAUACACUCACAGUCUGCAAACAGAUGCUGAAAAAGUGUCUGAUUCAAUCCUGUCUUACCUUCAUCCUCUGCAACUGAAUCAUUCUCAACUUUCUUCCACAAAAAUGCCCAAUGGUGGAGUUCCUGUUUAGUUUCCUAGUGACUGUGAAACUUACUCGUGUACCUUCUCUUUUCCUUCCAUUUUGACACCUUCCUAAAGAAGUACUUGAAGUUUUUCUCCAUGGCUUUUUUAACUAGUAUUUUUAAAGUGUCUUUAAUGUCCCAGAUUUAGUUUUUUAUAAUAUACAUUUUACCUAGUCUUUAAAUUAAAUUGAACCAAAUUACUAUUUAUCUAUACUUGUAAUUAUGAAGUUACACUUUGAUAGUGCUCCAAAUGAAGAGUUUUUUGGUUUGACAUUUAUCUGUGCUAUUAAAAAGAGGUUUUAUUCACUCAUGUACUUUCAACAUCCUAUCCUUUACUGUUUUACAGCCUGAAAAAGGUCUGCAAAAGAGAUGGCCUAAAAGGCCUGUAAUGAAUGAUAAGGAAGGAGUGUUGAGGUGUAUUAUGAUGAAAAUAACUACUAAUAUUAGUGUCUAGGUAACAACAAAUACUUUUUGUUCACUUUACUUAAAAAGUUCUCAUUAGUCAUGGUAUGAUGACAAUGGAGCAAAUUUACAUUCAGGUAUCUUCAAAAUCACUUGUACCAAACAUGUGAAAACUACACAUACGAGGUUAAAUGCCAAGUAAUACCUACUGAAGAAACAAACUGCUAGUAGCAUGGAAGUCACAUUGACUGCUUGCACUAGUCUGUAAAAAUUGAUAAGACUAAGUGGCAUUUUCUAAAAAGGGAGUCCUAAGGUAGUGACGAGUGCACUGAACUAUCAAUAAUGAAAUCAGCCGAUCUGAACAAUUUUCUCAGCAUUUUCUAUUAAAAGAUUUCUUCAAAUAAAUGUGUGCCUGUGUUCUUUACUGGUUUCACCACAGCCUCAAAUUGCUAAGUACAGAUUCAUAGCAGAAAGUCUCAUGACUGAGGCCAUGCAAUUUCCUGUUGUUGGUUAAGCAUGAGACACAGGUGUCCCAGUUGGUAUUCACAUGGAAUUUGUCUACCGGCUAGGCCACAAACUUCAAUCAAAACAUGCAAUAGGUGUCAGAUACUACAUAUGAUAAACCGUGAACUUUUUCUCUUUGUAGGGGGAAAAAAGUACAU